AUGAUCCGCAGCCAGAAAACCAAUUCUCCAACACCCUUUCACCUACGACGAGGUCAUGCUCGCCACCAACAUCCUGCGUUCAGCCCAGGUUUCGGGUUUGGCGAUCACGGUCAAGGUGGCCACGAUACACCUGGCCCCAUGGCCCUGAGCAUGCAUAUGCCUCAGCAGCCGUUCGCCAACCGCUAUCAACUCCUGGGACCUUCACCCGAAGAGUCUCCGCCGGAUCUCCCAGAACGAGAAAUCUACACUCCCACUCGCUACCGCCGACCACGCAACAGCAGAGGUACAAAGGAAGCCAAGCGGCGUCGUGAUGCUCGGCGAAGCAAAAGAAAGAUGGCGGCGCAGAUGCUUGACGAGCAGCUCUCACGCGACAUCGACGCCACCCUGAAGGAGAUCAACUUCACUACUACUGGGCUCCCAACGCCGCCAUCAAGUCUGCCUUCACCAAGACAUACUCCUUCCCCAAUGCAGAUCGAGUUUCCGGAGCCGAUGUUCCUGCCACCAUUGCCUCCUAGUCCUCCACAACUGCCGCCAUUGAGGUUUGGUGACCUCGACCUGACUACGCUCUCACGGCUCGUGCCAUCCGACGAAUACUUCCGCUCAUCGACUCUGAUGUCUGUUCCUCAGCUCCCAUCUUGGUGUCCGCCACUACCGGCACUCAUGCGAAACAGGUCAUCAGCAGAAGACAUGCCAAAGUUCUUCGACCUAUCGAGACUGCCAGAGCCGAAGAACAGCUUAGCCUCGCCAAUACCAAAGCCAUCGCCAUGUCAGGGGAUGCAGCUAUGGCGUGGCCUUGUUGACAAGAAGUCGAGGCAAUCACGAUUCUUCCCUCGUCCUGCUUCACCGCUGCCAAGGGUCAGAUUGCCACCGACCGUGUGCAAGCUACACAAGGAAGACGAGAGUUUGUCCAGCCCAUCAGCUCCAUACGCAGACGCUGUCAAGAAAGGCAUUCCGGACGAUCCGAGAAAGGCCACGGAAGAUUUUGAUACCCCGCCGGACGAUAUCUGUGCCCAGACUAUGCCAAUCUUUGAACCUUCUGCAGCCAACUUGUGGAGUAUCCUGGCAGAAGAGUCCCCAUCUCACAGCGCCGCUAUCAACGACCCAUAUCUGGCGAGCUUUGAGGCUUGUAACGAAGACACCUACCUGACCGCUUGGCAGAAUGCCAUCACAACAGAGAACCAUACUGAGCCGGUUGAGCUAGACAGCAAAGAAAUACCAUAUGUCCACGGCAACAGUCUUACAGACGAUAUUGGCGAUAUUGAGGCUUCACCGUAUACUUUCGAACAUCCGAGCAUGAUGCACAUGGCUACCACCACUUCUGAGCCGCUGUCAAUCUUGCCUGUAGGUCUCAACGAACUCACGAUGGAUCGGGAGUACGAGGAGGGUGUACCUGCCGGCCAGUACUGCAACAACAAACCAAUCGAUACCAGCGUCAUCUCAGCCGAGAUCCUGCCAGUCGACUGUGUCAUUGAAGCAGAAACGGCAGCACAUGUACACGAGCACUCCGACGCGCACUUCAACAGCGAACAGUCUCUCUUCCAUCCAUCCACACCAGCACCAAGGAGCGCAGCUAACAGCCUCAUCGACCUCGCCGAUUUCUUGAAGCUCGGCCAUGGCGAGGACUGCUGGUGCAGCGGAUACUGUUACGAGUGCAAGCCUGCAUCCGAGAUUACAACUGCGCGCAUGAAACCGGAGCUGGCGACUACGGAUAACGUUACCGAGACUGAUAAGGAGUGGAUGCUAUACAUCAGUGCCAGAGACAACAACAGCCUUCCCGAUCUCACAACCGAAGAUGUGAGCGGGCAGGAGAGCCAGGCGCAGAGUGCGGCUUCCUCUGACUGGGAGGACUUGUUUUCUGACGUUGUGCAAACGACACCGAGCAAGUCGACUACUUCUGAGACGAGUGGCUUUGAUGACCUCGACGAGGGCGAUUGGGUGUAG